UUCGAAAUAGCAUAGGCGAUUCAACCGGGAGGUAGCUUGUCAAAAUUUUCCAUUUUUGCAUCGAGGAGCCGAGAAGCGCGUUAAAUUGUUCUGACCAGUGAAAAGAAAAACGAGGAAAAUGAUUAAGCCGCACUAUAACACGAGGAAGAGGGCCACGAAACCCAAAUCUCAGGUUGAAGAAAUCACGGAAGACGAUAUUGCGGAUUUCAAAACAGAAGAUGGCCUUCCGGUGCACACACUAUACGUCAGUGGCUUUGGGAAUAACCCUGUAACCGCACAGACACUGAUGCAGAGCUUCCACGAUGAUGGGCCCAUCAAGAAGGUCAUCAUUCACGAUGCGGUUAAAUCAUCCUAUGCCUUUGUCACUUUUGCUGACGUGAAGAGUGCCUUGAGGGCGAAGAAGACUCCUCACUAUCACAAUGGGCGCAAGCUGACGCUCCGGCCGGCGGAUAGUUGGCACCAGCCAGAAGAUGUUCGUGAUACUGCGGAGGAUGAGGUGGAGAUUGACAUGGAGAGGUCAAUUCUAAAGCUAAAUGAUGACUGUGUCUUCUCCAUCUUCUCCUACUUGAACCUCCGAGAGCUGCUGGUGAUGGAGAAGGUCUGCACGAGGUUCCAAACAGUCGCCGAGAAGAUUUACAAGUCGCAGCACGUGCUGGACUUUGAUGCGCUCGGUGAGCAGAAACAGAUUACAUUGAUGGAAGUGAAGAACGUAUCAAUGAGACUGGGCCCCCAUGUGCACACGCUGAAGGCCACCUCGACGUCAUUCCGCACGAUAAACAUCCGUAUUCUGUUGAACAUACUGAGGUAUUGCGUAAAUCUGAGGAACAUGUAUCUCAGUGGCUUUACCAUCAGCCAGUCAGUGCUCAGGGUACUUACCAAAACGUUCGUGAAUCUGAGGGUGGCUCAGCUGGAGAACUGCAGUAUCACGGACGACAUUGGGGAUUGUUUGAGGGAGGCGAAGCACUUGGAGACGCUUGAUGUGUCCCAGAACUCAGAAAUUGUUGGAAAAUGCCUGACUGUGCUGCAGAACAUCAAGGAGAUCAACCUGUGCUGCUGCAACAACCUCCAAGUGUCCCACUUUAAGCAGUUCUGUGAACGCAAUCAGGGACUGAAGAGCCUCAAUAUAAUUCGCUGUGAUAAAAUCAAUCAUAUCUGCCUCGAGGUGAUGGCGAGGCAUUUACGCAGCUUGGAGAGUCUCAUGAUCUGCAACAAUUACCCAAAUGUCAAUCCAACCGACUAUCUCGUGUUAGGCGAUUUGCCGUGCUUGAAGCACCUGAAGAUCAAUUACAACAAUUUCCUCAACGUUGAUUCCUUCCUGGCAAAGCUGGCUGACCGUGAUAUACUGGAAUAUCUGGACAUCUCUGCGGGUCACUUGACGCGAAACACCCAGCGUGCGCUCUCUUCAUUUACAAAGUUAAAGGUGCUGAAGCUCAACUACAAGAUUGAAUGCAACGACGACACACUGAUGCAAGUCUCAUCCGCUGACACGCUGCAGGAGCUUCAUAUUGUCGGUUGCACCAGUAUCACCAACGAAGGACUCGUGGAGUUCAUCAAGAAGUGCGGAUUGCUGGCCCGCAUCAACAUAUCCGGGUGCUACGGCAUCACCAAUGAUCUCAUCACCAGCAUCUUGCCGUUCCUGGAUGAGAGGAUCGUGCCUCUUGAGCUUAUCGUCGGUGGCACGCAGAUCUCUACUUUGAUUGAGAAUCAAAUUCAACUGCUCGACAAUGCAAAGAUUAAGUUGGAUUUCUCAAACACAGCCGAGUCUUUCUGCGCCAUCGACGACUGGGAAGAUGCUCUGAGCGAUGACGAUUACGACUUAGAUAUUGAAGACUUGGAUGAUCCGUACCAAUUCGCAUACUUCGAUAAUGGCUAUGAUUCUGAUCUGGAAGAUGAUUUCUUCAUAUAAAAUCUUCGCCCUUUUCAAUUAUUCCUUCCAUUCUAUGAAUUCUUUGUCCCUCUGAUGAAUCUCCGU